UGACACCAGAGGCAGCCACGCCACGGCAGAAGCGCCGCAGCCUCGCCGGGGAGGCGCGAGGACGCCGCGGUGUCCCCUGCCAUGCCGUGCUGGUGGCACCGGGGUGGCCGUCGCGCCGCCACGCCUGGAGACCACGGGACACUUCGACAUGUGGCGGGACUACCUGGGGCUGGCGGCCGUGCUGCUGCGUGAGCCUGCGGGCCUCGGGGACAUCUCGGUGUCGCUGGGAGCUCUGGCUCCGAGUGCUGAGCCGGCUCCGCGUGCUGGGCCGGCUCCACAUGCAGGGCCAGCUCCACAUGCAGGGCCAGCUCCACGUGCUGGGCUAGCUCUGUCUGCCAGGCUGGCUCCCCCUGCUGGGCUGGCUCCAUCUGCCGGACCGGCUCCACAUGUGGGACCAGCUCCACGCACUGGGCUGGCUCCGUGUGCUGGGCUGGCUCCACAUGUGGGACCAGCUCCGUGUGCUGAACCAGCUCUGUGUGCCAGACCAGCUCUGUGCACUGGGCUAGCUCCAUGCACCGAGCCAGCUCUGUGGGCCAGACCAGCUCCGUGUGCCAGACCAGCUCCACACGCCAGGCCAUCUCCACAUGUGGGACCAGCUCCAUGCACCGAGCCAGCUCUGUGGGCCAGACCAGCUCCGUGUGCUGAACCAGCUCCACGUGCCGGGCCAUCUCCACAUGUGGGACCAGCUCCAUACACCGAGCCAGCUCUGUGGGCCAGACCAGCUCCGUGUGCUGAACCAGCUCCACGUGCCGGGCCAGCUCCCCCCGCGGGACCCCCAGCUCCACGUGCCGGGCCAUCUCCCCCCGCGGGACCCCCCGCUCCGUGCUCCGCGCCGGCCCCGUGCUCGUUCUGCCAGCACAACGGCGAGGCGCCGGGCGUGUACCGGAGCCACAGCCUGCGGGACGCGCAGGGCCGCCUGCAGUGCCCGGUGCUGCGCAGCUACGUGUGCCCCCAGUGCGGCGCCACGCAGGACCAGGCGCACACGCGCCGCUUCUGCCCCCGCACGCACCGCGGCUACACCUCGGUGUACGCCCGCCCCGCGCCCGCCGGCAGCGCCCGCAGGAGGCACAGGGACACCAGCAUGUAGCCGGGGGAUGGAGGAGCCCUGCCACCCUGCAGGGACUUCCCCAGAGGAUGGGACCACGGCUUGGAGCUCGACUGGGACCAGUCUUGGAGCUCGACUGGGACCAGUUUGCCCAGUUUGUGCCGCCUCCCGACGCCGUGGCACCCGCAGAAGUCGCUCCAGCCAGAUCUG